AUGGAUGUGACCUCCAUGGUGCAAGAGCUUCGCGACAAUUCAAAACGUGAGGCGACGGUUCUGGAACUUGCGACGAUGAGGGAGUCUUUGCCAGGAUUGGCGCAGGCUCUUUGGGAUUCGCCUGGUGCACUGGAGGCCCUCAAGGAGGAGGUUGAAGCCAUCUACCCGCUUCUCUCACAGCCGGAAGAGGUGACGGCAUCUGCUGCUAACCGAGUCUGUAAUGCCAUGAGUUUGCUCCAACUGCUGGCUUCCGACCAGGAAACGAAGGUUUUGUUCUUGGACGCGCAGUUCCACCUGCUCGUGUAUCCCUUCCUCAGCACGUCUGAGAAAGAACGGCCGUUCGAAUAUCUUCGGCUGACAGCUCUGGGAGUUAUCGGUGCUUUGCUGAAGGCUAACAGUGGAUCGGUCCGCCAUCUGCUGGAAACUGACCUGUUGCGGCUCUGCUUGAACUCUUUGGAGGGCCAGUUUUCGUUGCUUUCCAAGACGGUUGCUGCUUUCAUCCUCCAGCAGCUCCUUCUGGAUGACCAUGGUUUGCACUGCAUCUGCUCAUCAAAAGACUCCCUCAGCAAAGUUACAGAUGCCCUCAAUGCGGUGGUGGAGACCCUGGUGCAAGACCCCUCCAUCCGUCUGCUGACGCCUCUGGUGCGCUGCUACCUGCGCCUCACAGAAGAUCCCCGGGGCAAGUGGAGAGUCAAAGAGUCCCUUCCCGCAGGGCUCAGGUCGGGUCCGUCUUUGAAGCAGUUGCCAGCUUCCAUCCGCCAAAGUUUGAAGGAGGACGAACAGAAGGUGACAAAGAAGUGGCUGUGCCAGCUGCUCACGAAUCUAGAAUCCGAGACUGUUUAG